GUGUACGAUUUAUUAAAUUCCAAUUUGGUACAGCCACAGAAAUAUGAUAAAGAAUUUGGCAAAAGUUUAGAUCCAGGAAAAGUUAUCUCUGUGUUCGAGACAUUUUUAAACUUGAACAGUGGAUAUCUAGGUUUAGAAAAACUAGUUCAAAGCUUUACAACACAAUUGGAUCACAUAAGACGAUACUUCCAAACUCAAAAACAUUACCAUUUUUAUUCUAGUUCGGUUCUGUUAGCAUAUGAUGCAGAGACAUUAAAAAAUGAUGAAGACACUUGUCCUUUGUUAAGAGUAUCACUUAUAGAUUUUGCACAUGUAACUCCAGCUGAUGGUAAAAUUGAUUUAAACUAUUUACAAGGUAUUACUAAUUUAUGGACAUUGUUCCGAACACAAUUAUUACACAACAAUUAAUAUGAAUCUCUUCAAUUGUUGGUGCCCAAUACUUAUAAAAUUAAUAUUUUUUUUUUAGUUUUAAUGUUUAGCUUAACUUAUCAUAUUUUUUUCAUUAUU